AUGAAUAAAAAACCGAGGGGGAGUUAAGUUCAUAGGACGGAGGAAAGUUCUCCGCAGACAAUUGUGUGGCGCUCUUCAUUCCGCCCAUGACCGAGAAGACGUAGAAAUCCCCGAGAACUGAGCUGCGGGCGCACGGAGGACUGCACACUCGGAACAAGAAGAAGCAAACUGAAGAAGAGCUUCACUGAGGGAGUAGAGCAAGAAGAGAGUAAGGAGGAGAGAGAGUGCGGGACUGAGAUAGAGAUCCUAUCUCACUCUCCCAGUUGAGGUCUUCAGCGGAUCGCGUCUCGCCACUGCAGGACAAUGUCUAGUAAAGCGACUUUAGCCUUACUCAUCUAUGGAAUCAUAAUGCAUUGCAGCGUCCACUGCUCACCUGUGGGGCUUAGCUUUCCCAGUGUUAGACUGGACAGUGAGGUUUACGAUGAGGGUGGAAACUCUUUACCGUCGCUGGAUUACGACAGAGAGCAAAUGGAAGCGAGGAGCGCUCCGUCUGUGGCCGAGGACGUCUACUCCAUGUAUUUUCCACAAGAGAAAAGAACGGAAAGGCAUGCAGACGGCAUGUUUAAUAAAGCCUACAGGAAAGCGCUGGGUCAGUUAUCAGCCAGGAAAUAUCUUCAUUCUCUGAUGGCAAAGCGUGUAGGCGGGGGGAAAACACUGGACGACAGCUCGGAGCCUCUGUCCAAGCGACACUCAGAUGGGAUCUUCACAGACAGCUACAGCCGCUACAGAAAGCAAAUGGCCGUCAAGAAAUACCUGGCAGCCGUCCUGGGGAAAAGCCUUGAAGAAAUAGCUUUUCACCCAAUCCUACAAGACAUAGACUUUGAUGCCCUCCCGGACGGGGAUGAGUUUGAGGCUUUUUUGGGAGAUUGGCUGAAACAGUUCUCUCCCGAAUUUCCGGCUUUGUGACGCAGGAAGCAGUUUGCGGCUGUGGUGCCUUGCAUCGACUUUAAAAAUCGCCAUGAAUCACAGAUGGCUAUUUAGUGGCCCUACAAUGCUGCACAUCACCAGCUUACAUUUCACCCUUUAUGUUGUUGUUUUGAUUUGUGUUGACGUUUUGAUCUUUAGUAGCAUCCAAGCUUACGGGUGAAGCGCUCUUGCUUGCACUGCUUUGUUUUUGCACUUUGUUUUAGAGCACUAGACGUUUUGUGAAAAUAGAGGGGAAGAUGAGUUCCCCCACUCUUCAUGAAUCAUUAUAUGUAUAAUAAUGAAAGCGCCAAUAGCCUUACUCAAAUGAAUUAUCUUCAAAGAUAUAUAUAUAUAUAUAUUUACUGUGUAGAAAUUGAAUAUUAGAUUACUACUUCAAAUGGCGAUCUGCAAGGGUCAAGUCAAUAAAUGUUUAAAAAAAAGUGUUGUAAGAUUUGUAUGAAUAAAUUUUUUGUAAACAACAAAAA